AUGAAGUCUGCUGCACCCAACCUUGUAGGCGUAGCUCUACUCAUCAUUUUCGGCGCCGCUGCCUCCGCCGACCUCCCCGGCGUGUGGGAGCUCCUCGUCGCUGACGCCGGAAUCGCCUCCAUGCACACGGCGGUGACAAGGUUCAACACCGUAGUCCUCCUCGACCGCACCCACAUUGGCCCCUCCCGCUCCAAACUCCUCCCCCAAACCACCUGCCUCCGCAACGACUGCACCGCCCAUUCCAUCCUCCUCGACCUCAAAACCAACGACCUCCGGCCUCUCACCAUCCUCACCGACACCUGGUGCUCCUCCGGCCAGUUCCUCCCCGACGGCACCCUCCUCCAGACCGGCGGAGAUCUCGAUGGUUUUCGCAAAAUCCGGAAAUUCGCCCCCUGCGAACCGGAUUCGGUCUGCGAUUGGGAGGAACUGCAGGAUAUCCAACUGUACCGGGGGCGCUGGUACGCCACCAAUCAGAUUCUGCCAGAUGGCUCCGUGAUCAUAAUCGGAGGCAAGGCGGCCAGCAGCAUCGAGUUUUUCCCGCCGCGGAAGGAGAUCGGUUUCGCAUUCUUCAACCAAGUUGAGGAUAAUCAAAUGGAUAACCUCUACCCCUACGUCCACUUGCUUCCAAACGCCCAAUUGUUUAUUUUCGCUAACAACAAAGCGGUGUCGUAUGAUUACAUUUCAAAUCAGGUCACACGCACAUACCCGGUUCUCGACGGCGGCCCCAGGAAUUACCCGUCGGCGGGAUCUUCGGUGAUGCUCGCGCUGACCGGAGAUUACUCGUCGGCGACGGUGGUCGUUUGCGGCGGGGCGGAGUACGGGGCGUAUUUGGAUAGGACGACGGAUACUCCGGCGCACGCUAGCUGUGGCCGGAUCGAGGCGACCCGGCCCGGUUCGGUUUGGGAGAUGGAGAAUAUGCCGUUUGGCCGGAUCAUGGGGGAUAUGGUAAUGUUACCAAGCGGUGAUGUUUUAAUUAUUAAUGGCGCUCAAGCUGGGACCCAGGGUUUUGAGCUGGCAUCCCAACCGUGUUUGUUUCCGGUACUGUAUAGACCGGACCAGCCGGUCGGGCUUCGGUUCAUGACUCUGAAUCCCGGGACGGUGCCGCGGAUGUAUCACUCCACGGCGAAUUUGUUGCCGGACGGGAGGGUUUUGAUCGCCGGGAGCAAUCCGCAUUUUUUCUACAAUUUUAAAGCCGAGUUUCCGACGGAAUUGAGGAUCGAAGCGUUCUCGCCUGAAUAUUUAGCGGCGGAUAAGGCCAAUGUGCGGCCUAGUUUGGUGGAACUGCCGGCCAAGGUGGGGUACGGGGAGGUGUUCGAGGUGGCGGUGGCGGUGGAGCUUCCGGUUGUUGGGGUGAUGGAGGUGAAUUUGGCGAGCGCGCCGUUUGCGACGCACUCGUUUUCGCAGGGGCAGAGGCUGGUGAAGCUUUCGGUGCAGACACCGGCUCCGGAGGGAGAUGGCGGGAGAUAUAGGAUAAAGUGUACAGCUCCGCCGAAUUCGAAGGUGGCUCCGCCGGGUUAUUAUAUGGUGUUUGUGAUGAACUUAGGCGUACCGGGUGUGGCUCAAUGGAUCCAAUUGCUACCUUGAUUUUAUCAUUUUCUUUUACUUCCUUCUUAUUUCUAUUUAUUAUCACCGUUAAUCUUACAAUUACAAUCUUAAUAACUGUCAAUGAAAUAUUCAAACAAAUUCCAUUCUGCGCAGCUUA